AUGCGGACAUUGAUUUGUUGGAAAACUGAAGCCCCCUUGGCUUACAUCCGCGGCAUAACUUCCCUUUGUUUCAGCCAAAUGUUCCAAUACAUGAAAACCGGAGGUAUGCAUAUGGUACUCGCAAAAUAAAAGAUAUUAUACUGGGAAAACUACGUUUCUCGGGCGCAACGAAAAAAAAAGAAAGAGAAACAAAGGUGAGUCGCUCAAAGUGAGCGACAAGACAAAAAACACUGGGCUGGAGUGAGAAUGAGCUCAUGAGAAAAUGAUGUUUGAAAAAAAAAGUGAGCAGGCAACUAUUCACACUCUCUCCAAAAAAGCACGACUUUGGCAGCUGGACCAAUUUUCCAAGAACCAGGAAAUUGCCUGGAAAAUUGUUUUAGUGCUGUAUAAAAAAGACCUUUGCUCUGCUCGAAGCUGGAUUUUCGCUUGUAAUCAAAUAAAAAAAAAAUCGAUGAAAAAAUGAAGAUGAAUUUUCACAAGGUUGAAAGCAAAAUGGAAAAGGCAAUUUAUGUAUCGAAAAAAGUCUAAAAUUAAAUGGAAGGAAACAAUUUUAAAAAUUUAAAGAAAAAAAGAAAGGUUAUUUUUGCGCGUCAUUUAAGCUGCUUUGCGUGUUUGGGAAGGGCCAUUGCACAAAACAAGCUGACAGUAAUUGAAAACUACGACUACUCGAGGAAAAUGAAAGAACUUUUUUGGUGAUUCAAAAAACUUUGACUUUCACCUCUCACGGUUUCCUAUAAACCUUGUAAAGAAGAUCGUUUGAUGUUGUCUUCCAAAUGAAAUGGUCUACCAAAGCUUUUAAUAACAAAAGAUUGAACAGGACUCAUUUAUGACAUUAUGUUUUGUCAUCAUAUGCCUUUUUCAUGGAACCCCGAUGUCAUUCUUUCACACCUGUACUCGGAAUUUCUUCAAAAAACUCGGAAAUUAGACGCUUUUCAAGUCACAUUUCCUUGGAAACACCAGUAAAAUUGCAAGAAAAGCGGCGAGAUAGAUGGAAGCGGAGGGGCAUGUCACGAGUUUUUUUUCCGGAGGCUCGCCUCCUUUCCUUUCUGGGACUCACGGCGUUCCAUCAACAUGUUUGUGUUUUUCGAGUCGCGGGGGUGAAUCGUGGGCAGCCAAAAAAUGAAUGGUGGGCUUCUAUCUCCAUUGUGGUAUUAGGACAUAUGAUAAGAAGCUUGUGAAUAGGAAAAUAAGAGAAAAGUCGGCUGAAAAAACAGCCACGUGGGUGAGGAUUGAGCGCUCCAUUGAUGAUGACAGAGACUCAUAAAUUUCGCUUUUUUGAUUAUAAAAACGAAAAUGAAGACGAAUAAAAAAACUUGACCCCAAAGUUUAUUCAGGUGUUCGCAUCUUCUCUUCUCUGGGCGAGAACAACUGUGAAUGCACUGCUCCCUCACAAAAUCCUCAUUCUUCAUGUCUAUCACGUUGUUCGUUUUUUUUUUCUUUUCUAAAACUGGAACUAAUGAAGGGGUUGCAAAAAAAACCAGAGCUCAAUCCGAAAAUCCGAAAAGCAUCAAAGCAAUCUUUCAACUUUCUCAUGCAGCUCACGUAUAAUUAACCGAGGCAAAAUUAUCUAGCUUUUUCUGGAGCUAUGUUUUAUGAAGAAUGAAAGAAUGAGAGGCAGAGCGCAGAACACAGGGAAGAAGAGACGGAAUAUUUUUCAGUCCUUAAAAUUUCAAAUAAUAGUAUGGAAGGGCUCAAAAAACUACGGUAUUCAACUAAAACCUGCGUCCGACUUUGACUUAAACCCAGAUUUUCACUGAUUAAACAAAAUUGCAGCUCAUGAAUCUAUAUGGAAUCGUGUUUCCUUGCCUUCUUCUCAAAAGGCAUCCUGUAUACUGGAGUGAGGUUCAAAAGUUCGUUUCGUGGGCCUCUUGUGGGAAGUUUGAGCAUCAUCGAGAACCUACAACUCAGACUCCAGAAAAAAGUGAGUACAGAUAGGAAAAUGUAAAUGGAAAAGGUUUUUUACGUUCUCCUUACUAUGAAUAUUAUUAGCUUUCUCCUUCCAAAUGGAGGAAAAAACUCUUUGAAAAAUUAUCCAUGGAGCGCACUCGAGCCCCUUCUCAAGGCUUUUUUUCACCAUUCUCCUGCCGCUGUUUUUGCUCGGCUCUCCUGUGAAAUAAACCAUUAAUCUCCAUUUUACAGGGUCAAACGACGCAGAAGCGCAUUUCAACGUUUUGAAUCGCCAAUGGGAAUGCUCCGUGGCUGAUUUCUUCGGAAGCCAAGUGAUUCUCGAAGUAGAAGAAAUUUCUUCGAAUGAAAAUCGUUUCUAA